GGUGGCAGAAGAAACACAAGUUGCUGCAGAGAGGGAGUGAGGCAGCUGUGGUUCUCAACGUGGUCCGCUCGGCGAGUACAAGAGCGAGCGGUGCUGGCGCGGGAGGCUCAUUCAGCGGCGAGCUGCAGCGGAGGACGGAGCGCAGCUACUGGGUGUAGGAGGCCGCAGCUGUACCGGAGCCACCAGCUAUACCCGAGCCACCGAGCACAGGAGGUCCCCAAUCAUCGUAAGCUCAGCACCGCAGGCCGGGUACCAUGUCCCUGGAGCUGGAGGAGAACGUCCCCACCACGGAGGAGGAGGAUGACGACGAUGAUGAAGAGGAGGAAGACGACGCCCCCGCAGACAAGCGCACCUCCAGCCGCAGGGCCAAGGGGGCAGCAGCCUCCACCCCUGGGACCAAGAAGAAGAACAAGAAGAAGAAAAACCAGCCGGGCAGGUACAGCCAGCUGGUGGUGGACACCAUCCGUAAGCUCGGGGAGCGCAACGGCUCGUCCCUGGCCAAGAUCUACAGCGAGGCGAAGAAGGUGUCCUGGUUCGACCAGCAGAACGGCCGCACCUACCUGAAGUACUCCAUCAAGGCGCUGGUGCAGAACGACACCCUGCUGCAGGUCAAGGGGGUCGGCGCCAACGGCUCCUUCCGACUCAACAAGAAGAAGCUGGAGGGGGGAGUCCCGGAGAAGAAGCCGGCCCCAGCCCCCAAGCCCGCGGCCAAGAAGGCGGCCAGCAGCACCCCCAAAAAGAGCCACAAGAAGGCGAAGGCCAAACCCAAGAAGGAGAAGGCCAAGAAGAGCAGCCCCAAGCCCGCGGCCAAGAGCCCCAAGAAGAAGAAGGCGGCGAGCGGGGGCAGCAAGAAGGUGAAGAAGUCGGCCAAGCCCAGUGUCCUCAAGGUGCCAAAGUCCAAGAAGGCGUGAUGGGGCCCCAGCCUGGCCCUUAGGGGACGGUGAUAACCAGCUAUAUGUUUGUGCAGCGAUGUAAUUGGGGUUAGGGGGGUGGGGAGGGGUCCUCUCCUGCUGCUGGGACCGUGGCUGAGCCCCCGGCAGCCUGACCAGGGAGUACUGCUUGCAGCGUUGUGCUACGGAGCUGGGGAGUGACUGUCGGGGAUGCUCCAUUCCGUUGGCAACUGCUUGCUACAAUGUAUCAGUCUCAUAGAACUUUGAAACAAUCCCCCGUGCUCUGAUUGGCUGAUACGCGUACGUCGCCCUGGCAACGGCGUCACGGGGCGUGACUUUCUGGCUGCUCUUUUGUAUGAGUGGGAGGUGCAGCAAGAGCAGGGGGUACCAGUUACAUAUACAGUGGAAUGUUAAUGAUGUGCGGUUGUUUUGUAACCUGCCUUUUGUAUAUUUUGUGUUGAUGGCAGCUGCCUGUACAUUCCUUAUUUUGCACAAUGGUCAAUUUUUGUUAUGUCAUUCUUAUUAUGCUUUGGUUACUUUAUGCUACAUAUAAAUAAAUGGGUUUACUUCCA